AGGGCGGGUAGAGCGUGCGAACCCCAGCUCCGGACUGUGAGGGAGCGAGAAAAGUGAGACAAAAAAAAGGAAAACGAGGGAAUUGCUCAGGACUCUCGUUCAAGCAUCCGAACAAAUCUGUCCUCCCAGUGCUGCAGUUUCUGCCCAAUUUGAGCCAUCCAAUCUGCCUGUGUUACAGCUAAACUAAACACGACACUGACUAUCUUUUCGUGGGACCUGGCAUGCGCCACGGGACGCUUCGUAAACUUUGUGCAGCAGAGGAGGCUAUCUGACAACGGACUGGAGUGACAGAGUGAAUAUACAGUUUGCCUAUUAAUUUACUAACUCGCAGUAGACGUGGAGGAAGAACGGGGAGACGGUGGAUUAUUAUGCAACAAGUGGAAAGGUUAUGAAGAUGUGGUGCUGGGUUUUCCCCCUGGCGUUCCUGCUGUCCUCAGUGCACCAGGCUGAAGCCCAAGGCAGGUGUAAUAAUGUUGGACCAGCAGACAUAGUGUUCCUGAUAGAUGGCUCGUCCAGUAUCGGCAGGGCCAACUUCCUGCAGGUCAAGGGCUUCAUGGCCGGUAUCAUCAAGCCCUUCACCAGCUCCGUGGGCCAAUCAGGGAUCCGCUUCGGCGCUGUGCAGUACAGCGACACCUCAAGAGUGGAGUUCACCUUCACCACAUACCUGAAUGGCACAGAGCUGGUCAGUGCUGUGGAGAACCUCAACUAUAAGGGAGGCAACACUCGCACCGGUGCUGGCCUCAAAUUUGUCGCUGACAACUUCUUCAACCCCACUUCUAUCCGGAACGUCUCAAAGGUCUGUAUACUGAUCACAGAUGGGAAGUCUCAAGACAGUGUAAGCGACACAGCUCAGAAGCUACGGAGUCUGGGAGUGGAGAUGUUUGCAGUGGGUAUAAAGAGUGCAGACCAGACUGAGUUGGCUCUGAUAGCCACUCCUCCUCAGAGAGACUACACAUUCUUUGUGGGGGACUUUAAGUUGCUUAACACACUGCUCUCCCUGGUGGGCCCGCGUGUUUGUUCCAGCUCUGGUGGAGUGUACGCUAGCGAUGAUGCCUUCUCCGGUCCCUCUAACCUCCAGUUCUCAAGCCAGACCUCUGAUUCGCUCAGGUUCCGGUGGACUCCCGCAGGGGGGCCUGUGACUGGCUAUGUGGUGCAGUACACGCCCCUCUCUGGCCUUGGCCAGCCAAUCACAGCGGAGCUGCGUCAGGAGACGGUGUCUGCAAGUCAGAGGAGCUUCGUGGCUAGAGAGCUGAAGUCAGGGACAGACUACCUGGUGACGGUCAUCGCCCAGUAUCCCAACAGUGUGGGAGAGCCUGUGUCCGCCAAGGCAAGAACCAACUCGCUACCGGGGGUGUCCGGUCUUCGUCUGGUCCAGGCUGGUUUCUUCUCCCUCUCGCUGACCUGGGACGCUCCCACCUCACAGUUCCAGGGCUACCGACUCACCUAUGGUCCCCGAGGUCAGCCCAAGGCCCAGCUAUUGGAGCAGUCUCUGGCUGCAGACUCUACUUCUGUCACCCUGGAGAGGCUACUGCCCGACACAGAGUACGUCCUCACCCUCUACCCGCUGUUCCCCCGAAACUCUGCCUCCCCCGCCACCCUCACCUCCCGGACAUUGCGUCUAGAAGCGGCCCAGCAGCUGUCAGUGGAUACUGUGUCAGAGCGUAGUGUCCGGGUGUUGUGGAGAGGAGUGGGUGGAGCCAGGGCCUACAGACUGGUCUGGGGACCAUUCACCGGUCGUGAUGUGGAAUCUGUGGAGGUGGCUGGUGACAGUGAGACUCACACCCUUUUGAACCUGCAGCCAGACACUGAGUACAUUGUCACUGUCAUCGCUCUCUACGAAGGCAACACAGAGGGUCCUGGUGCUACCACCAGGUUCAAGAUAGAGCGUCUGGAGCAGCAGGUGCUGAGGGCAGCCACCACCGGUCCCUCCUCCAUCCGCCUCACCUGGAACUACAUCCAGUCUGCCAGGGGAUACCGCCUGGAGUGGAGGCAGGGGGAAGGUGGCAGAAUGCAGAGUCAGUCAUUCUCCAGGAACACCACUAUUUAUGAUCUGUCAGGGCUGCAGCCCAGCACUGAGUAUGUCAUCACCUUGUUCACCCUGUAUGAGGGACGAGAAGAGGCCACCCCUGUCUCCACCUCUCCCACAGUGGAACAGCCGGUGGGGAGGGUGUCCAACCUGCGAGUGGUAGAGUACCUGGGCAGCACUGUGCGACUGGGAUGGACAGGGGUAGCCGGGGCAACGCAGUACCGUAUCCUCAUGGUCAACACUGAAGCGCAAACAGAGGAAACCCGCAGUAUCCCUGGAAGCCAGACGACCCUUGACCUUAGGGGUCUGACAGAGGGCGUGUCUUAUGGGGUCAGCGUGACAGCUGUGGUGGGAGACAGCGAGGGGGACCCAGUCACUGUCUACAUCAAAUCAGAACAAGCAUUGGAGAGAGUGACAAACCUGCGUGUGACAAACACCAAUGGUCGGCGACUCCGAAUCGCCUGGACAGGGGUUUCCGGGGCGACAGGGUACAGGGUCACUUGGAGACAAGGCAACAAUGCGGAGCAGUCCCGUGUUCUGGGGCCAGAGGCCUCGUCCUACACGGUGGAGGGGCUGCAGCCAGACACAGCUGUGGUCCUGGGCGUGGCGGCUGUGAUUGGUCAACGUAUCGGGGAGGUGGUCACCCUCUCGGCUAGGACCAAUGGCAACAACGGCUCAAGCACGGUUAGCGGCCUGCGUAUCAUUGAUGUCACCUCUCAGAGGAUACGCAUCACAUGGUCACCAGUCUCCAGGGCAACUGGCUACAAGAUUACCUGGCGCAGUGGAAAUGGAGUGGAGUCGUCCCGCACGGUGGCCGCUGAUGUCACUUCUUUCACCAUCGACAGCCUUCAGGAAGACUCCUCCUACCGGGUCUCAGUCUCCUCACUGAUUGGGUCUCGGGAAGGAUACCCCACCUCCCUGAACACCAGAACAGAGUCAGACCAGUUGGUGGUGGGAACAGUGACUUCACUCAAAGCCCAAGAGUCCCGCGGUGAGGUCGUCAGAGUAACAUGGGUGGGUGUGCAGGGAGCGACAGCCUAUCGUGUGGCUUGGAAGCGAAUUGACGGUGGGGAGGAGAGGAGCCAGCUGGUAGGUGGUGACCUCACAGCGGUGGACCUGGAGCAGCUGGACCCAGGGGCUCAGUAUGAGGUGCAGGUCAUGGCCCUGGUUCAGAACAGAGAGGGAUCCCCCGUCUCUGUCAGAGUCACAACACCUGGGGAACCUGUUGCGGUGGACCGUGUGGAGGGGGUCAGGGUGCUGGAGGCUACCCCAAGGGUGCUGCGUCUGGUCUGGAGAGGAAUGGCUGGGGUCACAGGGUACCGCAUCUACUGGAGAUCAGCCCUGGGUGAGGCUGAAUCGAGCCGUCUGAUACGUCGAGAUGCGACCUCGUUUGACCUGGAUGGUCUGCGGCCUGGGGUGAGCUACACAAUAAGGCUGGCUGCCAUCUUCAGGGACAGAGAGAGUCAAGCUGUCACUAUCACAGCCUCCACAGCUCCCCUACAGCCUGUAACAGGUCUGCGUGUGGCAGAGGUUACCCAGAAUUCUGUGUUGUUAGGCUGGGUUCCACUGACUGGUGCCACAGGAUAUAUCCUGCGCUGGAAAGAUGAGAGAGAUACUGGUCCGGGUCAAUCCACCACGCUGCCUGGGUCAUCCAGCUCCUACAGGGUGACAGGGCUACGUCUGGGCCUGAGAUACCGCUUCACACUGCAGCCCAACUUCCAGAGGGAGGUGGGCCCUGAGACCUCAGUGGACGAACGCACUGUGUGUGUGGGUGGUCGUCUCGACGUGGUAUUCCUGGUUCCAGCUUCCAGGGACCGGGCCAGCCUGGCUGAUUCUCUGCUCUCCCUCCUGACCAGCGCUGCUGGCUCCCUCACCACCAUUGGAGAACGGGACUCACAGCUGGGGAUUGUAGUAUACGGCGCCCGACCCAAGGUCUGGUUCCUGCUAAAUCGCCAUAGCAACAGUGAGACGCUGCUUCAGGAGAUCCUGUCCACGCCUUUUGAGGAUGGCCCAGGGAAUGCUAUAGGCCAGGCAAUGACUUUCACCAGACAGUUCCUUCUCAGCCCCACAGCUGGUCGUAGACCCAGAGUCCCUGGUGCGGUGGUGAUCAUUGCAGAUGAAAAAUCCUCCGACAACAUCACUGUCCCAGCCAGUGUUGUCAAAGCCUCAGGAGUGACGGUGAUGGCGGUGGGUAUAGGUAGGGCGGACUCUGAGGAGCUGCGCCAGGCAGUGACAGAUGGCAGCACCCAGAACCUUCUAUAUGCCCGUGAUGCCACCCAGCUGGGCACCCUGCACGCCGACCUGGCUGACCUGCUGUGUGGCGUCGCCAGGAUACCAGAGGGAGUGGGGCCAGUGACAGAGCAGUGUACUGUACAGUGUCCUCGGGGUGACCGGGGGGAGCGAGGAGGAAAGGGAGAGAGUGGAAGAGACGGUGCUGACGGACGCAAAGGAGAGCCUGGUCGUGAUGGUUUGCCUGGCAGGGAGGGCCCCAGAGGGCCUGAGGGGCGACAGGGUCAGCCUGGCCGAAGUGAGGACCCCUCAGUGGGGGUCAGAGGGGAGAAGGGGGAGAGGGGUUUUCCUGGUCUGGAUGGGAAUCCAGGGUUGCCAGGGCGACCAGGGACCCCAGGCCCUGGAGGUGUCCCGGGUUCACAGGGGCUACCGGGUGUCAGAGGAGAUCCUGGUGAUCCUGGGGUUACAGGAACACCAGGGACAAAGGGUGACAGGGGCGACAGGGGUGAGCCAGGGUCAGCUGUUUCAGGAGGAGGUCUGCCCGGAAGGAAAGGGGAACCAGGGAUCCCAGGAAUACCAGGUACCCUAGGGCGUCCAGGGAAUGACGGGGCCAAGGGCUUUGUGGGACCUGCAGGGAGCCCUGGACAGGAUGGUCGCCCAGGGAUACCAGGCACCCCCCGGCCUCUCCAUUAAGGGAGACAAGGGCAGCACCGGAGAGAGGGGACCUCCAGGAGUGGGCAGUGGCUUGGCUGUGAAGGGAGAGAAGGGAUCACUGGGGUCUAAUGGAAACCCAGGAGCUCAGGGUCUCAGAGGAUCUACAGGACAACAAGG